GAUAUUUUAUUAAAGUUGUGGUAACAGAAUAUUAUUUUCUUUUUUGUGAUGUCAUAAUACUUUGUUUAAAAGAGAUAUGGUUGUAUUAUUUAAUAUGACAUUAUUGUACUGUUCAGUGUUUACAGAAAUAUGCACUUAUGUAUUCGCUGUAUAAGAAUACUUUAUUUAUAAGAAAACUUUAUAUCCCUUUUACAGCCUUCCUUAAAUAUAUUUUAUUUUUCUUAAGAUGUACUAUAAAUCCAUGUUUAUUAGUUAAGAUUGAUAUUUAUAGAAGGAAAUGACAACAAAUGCAGUGUAUCUAAUGCAUUUUUAGAACAAUACAGUUUACUUUUUCUAAAUCUGUGUGAUUUGUGAUCUAGGCCUACCCUCAUGUGGUUUUCAAUGUUAACUAAAAAAUUCAAAGGUUCAUAGGUUAUUUAUUCCAGAUCUUUACAUAUGAUCGAUUUUCAUAUAAUGCUUCAAAAACCGAGUAAUACUGUCAACACUAAAAUAAAUUUAGAGGUAGCCUAAACUUAUUUUGGCAGUUUGAAAAUGUUGAAUGAGCCAUAGGUGCUAGGACCCAGCAUGAAUGCAAUGUUGAACUUUAUUGAGGUUGUUUGUUGCCAUGGAAACAUCUCAACAAUCCGAUAAACGUGAAAACGCUACUCGGUACAAAAGAUGAGUGAAACGUAUUACAGAGAUGAUAAGUUAUCCCAACUGCAAACAGAACUCGAGCAAGAGAGAGAGGUCAAUGAGAUGUUGCAGGACUCUGUGUGUGACUUGAGGAGCACGUUUGCUGAUUUGGAGGAAAGAAUUAACAGUGUGGAUGGAGAAGAGAAUGAAUGGCGAACCAGAUAUGAGACGCAGCUGGAGCUCAACGGGCAGCUCGAGACGCAAAUCAGUGUCGUCAGCGAGAGACUCGAGAGGCUCCGCGGUGACCCCGCAGACCGACUGGCUUCUAUUCGCUCAUAUGAUGAAAUGCCAGUGGAUGAUCUCAGACAGAAAUUGAAUCUGCUGAUUACUGAGAAGAACAGUCUACAAACUCAUCUCCUGGACCUUCAAAUAAGAAUCGUGCAAGAAGGAAAGGCUUAUCAGAAGGUCUAUGAAGAGAGGCGGGCCUAUCUUGCUGAGAUUACUCAGCUGUCCUCAACUUUGGAUCAUAAUAGAAGGCAGCAGAUGGUUCAGGCCCGAAGGACAGCACAAAGCCAAGGAAAAAACAGAGCCCAGGAGAGUCUAAAACAAGGUUCAGAUAAGGUGAUGGGGUCUGUCAGAAGAACAGCAGCACUAAGUCGACUGCCUCGAUUAAAACGCUAAUGCAGUGGAAUGCAUUACUUCCUCAUUUUUAUUCAUAUUGAGAUUUCAAACGAAGCAUUAUUUUUGUAACUGUGGUUAUAAUUUUCUUAGGGGACAUCUAACUUUUACUAUAUGCGCAAUGUUCAA